UCGGGCGGACGCUGACACUCUCUGCGGAAAAUCGCGCGCUUUCUCGUUCAUCGAGGAACUUCCGCAUCCUGGACGGAGAGAACUUCAUAUCUAAGAUGUAGAUCCUAUCACCGAGGUCCUUGGCAGGCGCGGACCAACCACAGACAAGAUGAGACUAUUUUUGGUGAUGAUCUUUUUGGUAUACAACUCGAACGCCGUUGAUAAAAUUGUGGACCAAGUUAGUAUAAGACAUGGCAGGUCACGCAGUAAGUUGCUAAGGGCCGGGAAACACGGGGACGAUUUCUAUCUUGUGCAGAAUCCCACUUUGGAUCCAACAGUGGAAAAUGUUUCUUCGGUGGCCGAAACUUCGACGACCGAGCCAACCAAAAGUGGCGGCAGUCGAGGGAUUAAGUACAAGACGAAGAACAGGAGGAUCACGGUUGAUGGUAACAAUACCUGGCAGUACAUGGACAAGAGUUUCAUGUACAUGGGGGACAAAGCUUUAGAUAAAAACGAUCCGUCACGCGGCAAAAAGAAGUUGGAGGAGGCGGCGGAGGAAGAGGACGAUGACUUCGGAACUCCAAAUCCCUUCGCCGAAGACAAACUGGAGGAGGUGAGGGAGAAAAUUCUACAGGAAACAGGAGGCAAAAGCGGCAAAAGACUUGAUAUCGUUACACAUUUCUUACGCAUCGUGGAGUCUUCCCAGCAUUUGUUGGGGGAAAAUUGCACUGCCGGCACUGAUCUAAACUUGGGCGAAGGAGUUGUCGAUAGGUAUGCACAAGAGCGAUUUAGAGUUGAAGCCGACGUUGCAGUAAAUAGAGCUAAUAUGCUUACUCGCUUAUGGAAAUAUUCGGAUCCCGCCGUCGUUUCCUCCGAAUAUUUACUGCAUGCUUCCGUUUUCUCUAUGGUCGAAUUUGAUGACGACAUCUUCGCCGCCGGCAACUGUUACGACCAGUACCAGUAUAAAGAUUAUUGGCUAUUCUGCCCUUAUGCCUACCGCCUCCCGGAAGGGACCAUCCUCGUCAAGGACCUCGCCGUCGAAUACAAGUAUCUCAGCAAUACUUCAGAAUGGUUUUAUAUCGCGAGGAAGAACGCCGAGAACGUCAUCAGGAAUUACAACCAGUUCAGCAGAGGCUACAACACGUACACUUACAACGAAUCUGCCCACACCGAAAGAAUUCCGGAUGAAAUAUUGUCUGUCCGUUACGAAGACGGCAAAUGGUCGAAACCCUAUUUCGACUGUGGUGGAGGCAACAUAUGGAUGCUCACAUAUACUGUCCCCUUCUUCGGCUAUCAAAACAACACAUAUUUCUUCAAGGGCACAAGUGGAAUAGAUAUCGAUCUGCGAAGAGUAGACAUCGACCAGUGUCCUUUACCCAAGGGUAGUACUCAGCUCAAUAUAUUCGCAGCGACAGACAAAUGCAAGAAAAGAACAACAGAAUGUAUUCCUCUGUCCGGACUCGGAUUUCGCCGGGGUAGCUACAAAUGUGUGUGCAAGAAGGGUUUCUACUUUCCGGACACAACAGCCGAGAAACGUUACUACAAUGGCAGCAUCAUCGAGGAGGAGUACGAGAAGGCGUUCUUGCAAGGUGUAAAAAGCCAAUAUACGGUGUACAGCAUGUUUGAGUGCUUGCCCUGUCCGGAAGGUUGUGAACAAUGCGAAGAUGACAGGCCGUGUGUCGUCUCACUGAACUGGGUUAUGCGGACGGUGAUUUUAGUUCUAUCUGGGGUGGUAAUUUGCUGCCUACCAUUCGUCGUUGCGUUCACGUGGAAAUACGGAAACGUGAAGGUGGUACGUGCUGCGAGUCCUGUCUUGUUACGCGUUAUUAUCCUUGGCGCGUUUUUCAUCUACCUAACGACGAUCGUCAUGUACCCGAGACCGAACGUCUACACGUGCACCGCGAGGGUUUGGUUAAGGGAGAUAGGAUUUUCCUUCACCUACGGAGCUCUAAUGCUAAAGACAUGGAGGAUAUCGGUGAUCUUCAGAGUACGUUCAGCGAAAGCCGUUAAAAUCACGGACAUGAAUCUGCUGAAGCGGCUAGGGAUAAUAGUGGCUAUAUUCACUGUAUUCUUAGUUAUACGGACGCUGGUAGCGCCGCCUUACGUUAUCGUAGGGAGGACAGCCGACGAUCUCAAAGCCUACUUGUGCAAAACCGAUUGGUGGGACCAUUCGUUUUCGAUUUUGGAAGUCAUAUUUCUAGUAUGGGGAAUACGCUUGUGCAUUGUUGUUCGCAAGGCACCCUCCGAAUUUAACGAAAGCCGCUUCAUAUCUAUGGCCAUUUACAACGAAUUUCUACUCUCUGUCUUUCUUAAUAUCUCAAUGUUAUUUUUGCAAAAGCCGGCCAACCCGGACCUGCUCUAUAUCAUAUUCUUUUGUCACACCCAGCUCACCGUCACGUUGUUGCUGGCAUUGAUUUUCGGCAGCAAGGCAUACAUGGUAUUUAAAGGACACGAUCGCAGCGAGGAGAGUUCUGGUAUGAUGUCAAAGUCCCAGGCAAGCAAAUUUCUUGGAAAAACACGUUCCGGUAAUUCAACACAAUACACAAGCACCAACUCGUCGCUCGGAGGUUUAGACUAUUCCAAAUUUACAGAGCAAGACGUCCACGAGGAAUUUUUGAGGCUGUACACUCAGCUGGAGUUACUCAAAGAGAAGAACAUGCGAGUGGGCAAUAGACAUCUGGCGUCCAAAAUUUCAGCGAUGCAGGAUGCGGCAAGUAAGCACGAUAACGAGGCGGCUGACGUGCAAGUUAAAAAGAACUGCAAACCAAACUCUAUGACCACCAUCAACGAAAAGUUCACGCCGAAUAAUGAGACGUUAGUGGAAGAGGACGGCGAGGAAGAAGAUCAACCUGUUAAAGAGAAAACAGAAAAACUGAAAAGGCAAAGCGUUUCCUUUGCGCAAACCGAAACCGACCCUUGCAGUAGCGAAGCUGUGGCAACCAGAGACUCCGGUACUUGUAUUGAAGAGUUCAUCGGAGAAACCUGUUCUAACCCUGAUGCCUCUAUCGAACUCAGUAGCAGAGAAGAAAAAACCGAAAGUCCCUCCAGUAAUCGUAACGGAAGAUUGCUCAAGUCUGGACACGCACGAACGCACGCUAUCGUCAUAAACUUAGACGACAAAAGCCAUUUCACCGAGGAAGUCACCGUUUAAAUCUUCUGCAUUUAACGCUUCUCUUUUAAAAUAAACUAAACUCCAAAGAUAAAAGUUACCACAUAUCGUUUUAUGGACAAAAAAUAUAUGUUAAAUAAGAUAAAAACAUGUAAACAUAAGAAACUUAAUUAAUUAACUAAGUAACUUAAGUAAUUUAAAUGUACAAUAAGUGUUGCUAACCCAAAAAGAAAUUUCUAAACAAAUUGUACCUACUGUGUAUAAAAAGACUUUUAAUAGAUAAAAAUAUAUCACUAACUUAUCUUCGAUGGUAUGAAUUUGAUGUAAAUAUUAUAUUAUAAGAAAAUCGCUCUACAUUACACCUAUUUAAAUGUUUACUUUUCCUGGAAGAAAAACUAUUCGAUAUGUCUAUUCACGUAAAUGAAUAAAAAAACAUACUGUAUACUUAAGUGUGAAAUUGAAUGUUUCAAAUAAAGAUCUAUAUUAAAGGUA